AUGGUACGUUGAAAGCAGAUAAUGCGUAGUCUCUAGGCACUGACACAGGCGCGCAGUCUAUCCGACAGAAUCCAUUCAAGCGCCAAUCCACCUUGUCUCCAGCACCGAGCACCUCGCCAACGAAAGGCCCCUCGACCCUCUCUCCCACCAAGCCCAACAGCUUGUCUCCAGAGAAGACCAGCCCCUUCGUACGACGUCCGAGCCAGAUAGGAAACACCUCAGAACGUCCAUCGAGCCCUUUCGCAAGACCUUCGAGUAGCCUCAGCAUUCCCGCCUCGCCCUCCCGGAAGACAAGCAGUGCUAGCCAGAACGAUGCACCGCUCAGCCCCUCGCUACGUUCUCCCUCGCUUCUGAGGCAGUCGAGUGUAUCGCCUGCCCCUGAAGAGCCAGAAACUCCCGUCGUCGCACCAUCAUGGCGCGCGCCAGUGGACGGAGCUCGACCGUCCUCAGAGGAACUACUGGAAGACUCACCAUUCUACAUGCCACCCAGUCCCGCCAACCUGAGACCGACAGCGCAAAGAACAGUGACGUCUUCGACAGCCACCACAAUCAAGCCUCCUGCCUCUGCUGCUCGCGCAAAGCCCCCAUCGUCACCACCAAAACUGAAUGCGCCAGGUGGUUACAAUCACAUACCACAGCCACUGCUCCACAGCAUGCGAGAAUCAUUCGAGGUCUUAGACAGUGGCAAUUCCGGAUUCGUCAACUCCGCUGCGGUCUCCGAGAUGCUUUCCCAGAUGGGCAUGGACAACACGCCCGCGACCCUGAAAGACUUCUUUCCACCCAACGGGCCCGCACAGCUGAACCUGGCUAGAUACUUGGACGUGCUCUCGGGGCCUUCGGCAGAUUUGUCUCAGAACGACGAACUGCGUGCCGCAUUUGAGGCUUUUGACUUGGACGAUAGUGGACAAAUCGACAUGAGCACUCUGAGGGAUGCAUUGUUGCACACGACUCCGCAACCUGGCGAGGAUACAAUUCACUUGAGUGAACGAGAAGUCGAUGGAAUCCUGGGCGAGUUUACCAGCAGGAGAGCAUUCGGCUCUAGGGGCUUACAUGCUCCCAAAGGCAAAGGAGAUGUGUUCAGAUACAGGGACUUCAUGGCGAGUGUGAACGGCGGAGCCGCAGCAAAUGGGACGGAAGCUGCCAUGAUUGCUUAA